CAGAAGCAAGAUGACGAAGGGAACGUCGUUGUUUGGAAAGCGUCGGAAUAAGACGCACACGCUGUGCCGGCCCUGUGGCUCGAAGGCUUACCACCUUCAGAAGUCGACCUGUGGCAAGUGUGGCUGCCCUGCCAAGCGAAAGAGAAAGUAUAAUUGGAGUGCUAAAGCUAAAAGACAAGAUACCACUGGGACUGGUCGAAUGAGGGACCUAAAAAUUGUAUACCGCAGAUUCAGGCAUGGAUUCCGUGAAAGAACAACAGCUAAACCCAAGCGAGCGACUGUUGCAGCAUCCACUUCAUCCUAAGGAUUUCAACAAUUAGUCACGCGAUAAAUGUUCUGGCUUAAAAAAAAAAAGGGAUCAUUUUGAAGAAACUGUUUUAACAUGGAGUCUUAAAAUUUCGAUCUUGUACUGAAUGCCUGUCUGUGAAGCAUGAAAAAAUUACCCCUCAGCGUGUCUCCCCCUUUCCACCUGGCCCCAUGUCUCCGCAUUUGUUACUUGUGUCAUGUGUAAGCAAUUAAAAAAAUUAAAAACAAUUAAAAAAAAUCAGAUUUUAAAAAAAUCACAUUGUCCUAGAACUAUAAUUUCCAUGUUUGAUUAGUUUUAACCCUAUAUUUCAAUGAAAUCAAUAUUCUCCAUCCAUCAUUCACCAUGGCUUUGCAUUUCUAAGCUGUUUACUGUCCUCUCUAAACUGGCUCUGUUUCAUGGUCAAAGUCUGUGUAAAGAUAUUUUUCAGAAGGGUUCAGAAGUGGGUGUGUUUCAUGAGGGCUUCCAUUUUUGCCAGUGUCACUCUUUUAUGUUAAACUACACCUUGAUGCGAAAUUCUUGGGUCACGUUUGUAGCCAUCUUUCCAGCAUCUUCUAGCAUUAGAUGUUGCCUGGCAAAAAGUCUAAAGAGAACCUGAUCUUCACCAGCAAAAGGAUCCAGUAUUUGUUUUUGAUGCCCAGAUGCUUUAAACAUUCUUUUCGUUAUUUACCUCUAGCCUGGGAUAUUUUGCAUAGUUGCUUUGCUCUUUUCUUGCUUGAAUGGUCCUGUUCAGACAUUCUGGUUUUUUUUUUUUUUCUAAUGAAGUAUUGGUGACGUCUUAACUUCUUCCUUUAUCUGAGACCAGAGUGUUUUCCUGUCACAGCCUAUGGUUUGAGAGCUGAGAGUUCUGAGUUCUUUCUGUUUUUCUUCAAAAAGAAGGCUGGAGGGAGUACUGAUGGGCCUGUACGUUCCUUCUUUGAAUUCUGGGGUUUCUUUUCCCUUCUGACAUUUUGGUAAAUGUCCUGUAUCAAGGACAAGGGGUGCCUCCCUUUCCUAUAGGCAGACAUCUUCCGUCUUGAGAUAGCUUUCUCAAUUCAUUCUGCAACACUGGAUGGAUUCCUCCCUUAUUUCAGAGAGAAUCAUUCUCUAUCAUGUUCCUCACCCAGAGGCAUGUCUGUAUUUCUCAGACAAGGGAAACUGUAAGGAAAAUUUAUCCAGCCUAUUUCUUUCUUGAUUUGUGGGUAUGGGCAUGAAUUCUCAGUCAGUUUGGACUCCACCGCCGGCUUGUGGGAGGGGUUGGUGUUUGAAGUUUCCCAGUGACUCACAGCAAUGCUCUGCACCAGAAGUUUCUCUUCUUUUCUUAGCCGUUUGAGCUAUUGCAGUGGGUCAAGCUUCAUUUCUUGUUUAUUUGCUUUGGUUGUAUUUUGUGUUUAUCUGUUUUUGCUCUUUUUAAAAAAUGUGUUCUGCAAAGCAGCUUUCAUCCUUCAUCUUAACCUGAAAAUCAGUAGAGGAUUUUGACCUAAGCCCAGAAAGCUGCUGCUCUGGCCUUUGAAGGUGGUGUGUUGUCCCUGUGGGGAGGCUGCCUGGAAGAGUCGAGUCUCCUGUGUAAGCUCAGCUUCUGAGAAGGAUGUUUAACUGAACAGCCUCUUUCAUAUUUUUACUCUUAGCUCUUGCCAGUGUCAAGGGUCUUGUAUCUUUCCCAAUUUUUUUUUUUUUAUUGCUGUUACCACUAAGAAGCUGGAUAAGAAAGAAAAUUCAUUCCUCCUUGACUUUUCUGUGGUUGGAAAUUCUUAUUUUUUCCUCAUGAUUUAUUUUUCUUUGCUGUGAGAUUCAUAAACCUAAAGGGAGAUGGUAAGCAGUCAGAUAAGACACAUUAUCAAGACUGUUUAAAACUCCAGCAUCUUUAUUGCUUUGAAAGCAAAACUUUAAAAAAGUAGCUAAAAUGAAGUAUAUCUAAAAUUGGAAGAUCUUUUUCUUUCUGAAAUAUAUUCUGCAGUAAUUCUCACUGAUUUGAAAGGCAGAAUGACAUUGGAUUAGUAUCUCCAAGUGAAGAGCUAGGACUUUCUGUACUUUCAAAUGCGAAUUGAUUUUUUUUUUUUUUAAUCCCUGAGUAUCCAUCUUGUUCACCUGUGAGAAUAACAGGGUAUAGUUAGAUUUUCUUCUUUUCACUCUGGGUAGAGUGCUGCUUCGGAGGAGGCAA